UGCGCGCGCGCCGCCAGUGAGCACCCCGGCGCCGCCCGCCCAGUACGCCCCGCCCUAGAUAAGAAUAAUACCUCGAGACUCGUCGCGGCGAUACUGAAAUCUAACACUAUACUAUUGCGCUUGUCAAGCAUUUACGCAUAUAAUUGAAGCAAUUAGCAAUAAACAAUCACAGAGGUUACAAAGAGGAAGAAUAGUGUACUAUGGACGUUCAGUGAGAUUUGUGAUUGGAUGCGGUCCAAGUAUUUUGUGAACCUUAUAGGUGCAAGGGCGCACGCUGCUCUUUUGUGACGGUGAUCCAAUAACAAGAAUGAAAUUCUUAUCCUACUAAUGAUGAACAACGGUAAUAGAAGAGCCUUGACCGGUUCAAUUCACAAAAUCAGAGAAUUUGAAUUAGAAAAAGUUUGUCUUGUCGAAGAAUUUGAUGUGCUGCAAAUAGUUGGUGAAGGAUGGUUUGGCAAGAUUCUCUUGGUAGAGCACAGAGCUUCAGACACAGAAAUAGUAUUAAAAGCUCUUCCAAAGCCAUACGUAUCAAUAAGAGACUUUUAUAGAGAAUUCCACUAUAGUUUACAUUUGAGCGCUCACAAAAAUAUCGUAACAACUUUUGAUGUUGCUUUUGAAACGGCUGGAUUUUAUGUUUUCUGCCAAGAAUAUGCCUCUUUGGGUGACUUGACAUCAAACAUGAUGGAUACAGGCAUAGGAGAGAUUCAUACGAAAAGAGUAGCAAAGCAGCUGGCAUCAGCGUUGGAACAUCUCCAUCAGAGAGAGCUGGUGCACAGAGACGUGAAGCUUGACAAUGUUCUCAUAUUCAAAUCUGACUUCUCCAGGAUUAAGUUGUGCGAUUUUGGCGAGACCAGAAAAGUUAACUCAGUAGUCAGAAGAAGAAACGAAUGGCUGCCGUAUUCACCACCUGAGGUAUUAAAACUCGCCAUGGACAGCAGUUACAAGGCGAUGAUCAUUCAUGAUAUCUGGCAAUUUGGAAUAGUUAUUUUCAUUUGCUUAACUGGAUGUUUACCUUGGCAAAAGGCAGCUUUUGACGAUCCUAGAUAUACUAGUUUUUACAACUGGUAUAAUAGUGCAAAUCCACUAAAAAGACAACCGAAACUAUGGAAAAUGGUAUCAUCUAGAGCUCAGAAGAUGUUCAAGAAGAUUGUUGAACCGAGACCAGAGAAAAGGGCAACCAAUUUUCAAGAUCUACCACGUUACUUAGAUGAUCGAUGGAUGGCAAAGGGAUACACAGACAGAGUCGCCGGUGGAGAUAUUGAUGAACUAUGUCCUUCAAUGUAUAGUUUUCAUAGCGACCCCAAUGAGAAAAAUAUUUUACUUAAGCAUUUCAUGGAAAAUGGAAUUGAAACUACAGUUGAUCGGCAAGCUAAGAAACAGAGAAUUCGUGAAUGGAUUCAAAACAGCGUCAUAGAGGAGGGGGAUGAAGAAGAAGAAGAAGCUGCGAGCGUUUACGACGAAAGUGAUGGUGAACUUGAAGACAUGUCUCGUGGCUACCCCAUCGAUGAUUCACAUAGGGUAACGUUACGUUUUGACACGGAAAAACAUAUCAAUCCAAGAACUGGAGAAGUAAUUGAUGGUGUUAAGCAUGCCCCUGUAGAUAAGAACCCGCUUUCAUACGAUGUCCAGAACUUGGAACCAGUAGCGGCAGCAAAUAUUGUGCGACGAUAUGGUGUUAAAGAAGAAGGUUCCUCACUUAGCUCAACAAAAGAUAGUGCUUAUGGGUCAAUGGACGCAAAAGUUACACCCACUGCUAAAAAUUCACCCUAUCGUGGAAACAAAUCUAACACUGUUGAAAGAACAUUAGAUGGUUCCCCAAGUAGAUCACUAAGUUCGGCGUCUAUUCAACAAAAUAGAUCCCCAAUGACAGCUCAUGCGAAGAGAAUACAGAAAAGCGAGGAAGUAUAUUCUAAUGAGCUAUUGCAAGGCAGCUCAUCUACACUUCAUUCCACAGGCAACUCAUCUAGAUCAAACAGCAUUCAAGUAAACAGAAACGGCUCUUUGGAUUCUUCCAAUAAUGAUUCAUCUAUGGUUCAAAGUGCAAAUGCUGGUUUUAAUACUCAAGCGAAGUACAAUAAUAAUGAAAAUACACGUCCGAUAGUAGCCACCCCAGAUGCAAGUUCCAGUAGAAAAUACACUUCUAUGAAAGACACAGCCUAUGAUACGGUGGUGGUCCGAAAUGAAGCGCCAGUUCAAGAGAACAACUCAAUUGAACAAAGUGCUGAACUGAAUCCUUAUCAAUCAAUGAUGAACAUAGUACAAGGCCAAAUUAAAAUAAGUCCACAUGGCAAAGAAACAGAUCAAAAUGUAGUUAACGUGUCUGUUACAUCGGUAAAAGAUAACCGUCAACAAAGAUAUUCAAUGCUCACCUAAUACCUACCAACAUAAAAAUAGCUAUAUUAGUUGUCCACGAUUCUUAUCACAUUAUUGUAUUAUAAUAUUAUUGUAUGGGUAUUACAUAGCCUUAAUUAUGGUCAAUUAAAUUAUUAUUAAGUAAUGUAAAUGCAAUACAUACCUAUAUUUCUAUCGGUGCUCAAUUGUGAUAUUAUAAUUAUAAUAUUUUUAUAUAGUUACUUUGUGAACUGUAUUUUAACGAUAGAUAGGAAAGAAUUACCAACUCUGCUUCAGAGAUUUAAUUAUUAUGUUGAUGUGACAUGUCAUUGUUAUAUCACAUGAUGACAAAGACAUUUCAAUAGGUUAGGUAGGUACUAUUUAGUUUAUACAAAGCUUGUUAAGUACGAAUAUAUUAGUAUUUUCUUUUUAUAGCUGUAACGUGAGUGAUUAUUAGCUACCAUUGUAGGUGACAACCUAAAUUGAAAUAUUAUUAUUCGUAAUAAUAAACUUAUAUCUUGCUAUUUGCUUGCUAUAGCUAUUGCUAUGUACUCAUGUAAUUAAAUGAAUAAUUAUAAGGCAUGUAUUUAGUACCUACUAUUGCAGGGUGUAAUUUAUCAGUGCUCAAGAUGAAUUACUCUUGAUAAUAUUACAUAUCUACCAACAGAAUAUACCAACCAAUUAUAUUUUUUUUAUGAUUAUAAAAUUUAUAAAAUUAUCCAAAAGUUCCUCAGAAGUAAAUUUAAACAAUGAUAUUUAAUAAUACCUAAUAAUAAUUUGUUGUAAAAGUUUUAUACUAAAAAUAAAAUUGCAGUACAUAGGUACCUAUUAUCGGGCAGCAAUAACAACUUUUUUAACAACUUGGGCACUGGUAAGUAUUGAUAAGUAGACUUUCUGAAGGCACUACAUUUAAAUAAUAAGAUAAACCACAGUCAUACCUUAGUACUGAAAGUGUCAUUGUAGUUGUAAUCAUUAUGGUUGGACAUAAAGAUAAUGUAAGUUUGUAAAGUGAAAUGUCUAAUUUAACAAAAAUUGAAUGGGUUCCUUUCAGAUUUUUUAAUUAUAUUUUAUCUAUUUUUAUGUUUUUAAAAUAAAUACGUUGUAAAUCCA